UGAAACCACACCCUGGUCACACAGUUUUUAAUGCCGAAGUGAAAACAACGAGCGGAUCUUUCCGAGCGGAUAAAAUUGUUUUUUCGCACGCCAAAAAGGAGAAACAAAUGCUUGCGUUGUUGGCAAGCGGAUCGAGCAGAAGUAGCAGCAGCAACAAACUGGCCGAAUCGGAAAACGCAGCGCAAAACUCCAGCAACAUGAGUUGGGGCACCGAGCUAUGGGAUCAAAACGAAAAUCUGGCGAUACACACAAACAGAGGCAUCGAUGCUCUAGACAAAUAUGCCAACUUCUUGCGUGAUCGAGUGGCCAUAGAAACCGAAUAUGCCGGAAAAUUAAGGCGCCUAGUGAAAAACUACCAGCCCAAAAAGAAGGAGGAGGAAGACAAUGAAUUCACAUCGAUGCAAGCGUUCCGCAAUCUGCUCAAGGAGGUGGGCGAUCUGGCGGGUCAGCGCGAGGUGGUAUCCGAGUCCCUGCAGCUGCAGAUCAUCGCGGGAGUAACGCUCCUGUCCAAGACACUGCGCGAAGAACGCAAGAAAUGCCUUAGCGAUGGUGCCACCCUGCAGCAGAACCUCACCACACAGCUCUCCUCGCUGGAUCGGGCCAAGCGGAACUACGAGAAAGCCUACCGCGACUCGGAAAAGGCGGUGGACAGCUAUAAGCGGGCGGACAUGGACCUCAAUCUCAGUCGGGCCGAGGUGGAGCGCUACAAGAAUGUGAUGACGUCAAAGAUUCAGCAGUCGGACGAUGCCAAGAACGAGUACGCCAACCAGUUGCAAAAGACGAACAAUCUGCAACAGCAGCACUUCAGCAUGCUACUGCCCGCUGUCCUGAAUCGGCUGCAGGAGCUAGACGAGAAACGCACUCGUGGCUUCCGGGAGUUCAUUGUGGGAGCAGCCGAUGUGGAGUCUUCAGUGGCGCCUAUCAUUGCCCGCUGCAUGGAGGGCAUCGUGAAGGCCGGCGAGUCCAUCAACGAGAAGGAAGAUACCUUCAAAGUCAUAGAAAGAUACCAGUCUGGCUUCACGCCCCCAAGAGAUAUACCCUUCGAGGAUCUGUCUAAAUGCGAUCCGGACUCUGUGCAGGAUUCGCAUUACAGCAACUCGACAUCGAACCACCUGACCAUGAGGGGCACCAUCAGUGCCAACAAACUAAAGAAACGCGUGGGCAUCUUCAACUUAUUCGGCAGCAACAAGCAACGGCAGAUAAUUGAAGCCUGUAUCACCAUGAAGAAUUCCUUGACUGCUGAUGGACAAAAGGAGGACUUUAGCGAUCUGCCACCUAAUCAACGGAGAAAGAAGCUGCAGGGCAAGAUCGCCGAAUUGACGCAAAAUAUCGCCCAGGAAACUAAAGCCCGGGAUGGCCUGAUGAAGAUGAAGAUCGUCUAUGAGGCGAACUCUUCGCUGGGCAAUCCCAUGACCGUCGAGGGACAACUGAACGAGUCGGAACACAAGUUGGAGAAGCUGAAAGUGGAUUUAAAGAAGUACCAGGGCUUCUUGGAGAAGGCCAGUCAAGUGCCGGUGGCCACCAGUAGUCCACAGGCGAGUCGAAAUCAAUUGCAAAAUGGUCACAGAACCUCUAGACAUUCCAAUGGUAGUGCCGAUGACCAUCAUGACGAUGGCGACGACCAGCCCGAUGAUGCUGGCAGCUUAAGCAGGUCAGAUUCUGAGGAUAAUGUGGCGCAAAUACAAAAUGGGCAUAAUAAUAACAAUAACGGCAGUUCGGCAAGUCCCGAGAGUGGCCUAGGCACUUCGCACACAUCCCUGCCAGGAUCAGGACAGGGCAGUGCCAAUGAGAAUGCAAUCGGCGAGGAUACAUACUAUGAAACGGAAGUGGAGACCCUAAAUCCACUGGGCACAUGUCGAGCCCUAUAUCCCUUUGAAGCCUCCAGCGAGGGUAGCAUACCCAUGAAUGAAGGCGAGGAACUGCAAGUGAUUGAGAUCGACCAAGGAGAUGGCUGGACGCGGGUGCGGCGUGCGAACAACUCCAAUGGCUGGGACGAGGGCUUUGUGCCCACGAGUUACAUCGAGUGCACGCUCUAUGCUUAGGAUUAAGUCUUAUUUCGGGGCGGGCGAUCAGCCGGGCGGUUUUAAAUGUUACCUACUCAGCAACUUUUGCGUAUGAUCGAUUGAUUUGUGUACUUUUGUCAUAACUUUGCGUUCUGUCGGACAGCCAUACCACACAAAAACAAAACAUAACAAACAAACAAGCAAACACACCUAACCUUUAUACAAUACUGUACAUUUGACCUAAGCUAAGUUCGAUUCAUUUACCCUUCGUAUGCUUUGUAUAUUUACUUUGAUUUUAAACGUCAUUGAUCUUAUGGUAGUGCAAGCUAUAUCAUACUAUAAAUACUAUAGUCAUAUGCACCUACGAGCAGACCUCACCUAAUUGUAAGCACCGCAACGUUUCCCUCUUCACCACAACAAUCAUGAUAACACCUAUUUAUAUACAUAUAUGGAAACCGAUUUAUAUGGCACUUGAAUACGUGAGAGCAUGAAAAGAAUACCUAAAACUGAAACUACAGCCGUUUGGACAUUAAAAGUUAUCUUGUGAACACGUUUUCAGAUGCAGUUCAUCUGGGAAAUGUGUUGAUAAUAUGCACUUUUGCUCGAUUCUCGGCUUUGGCCUUAGGAGCACCUGUUGCUUUUCCCGCUGACCAAUUGGAAAAGCAUCAGAGUGCAAUUUCCUCAAAUUUAAGCACUAAAACUUUGGUAAAUAUGCAAAGGAUCAAGAAAACGGACAUCGAUCACAUCCCAUAUAAUCCAUAUAACACACCCGAAACUCAAGGAUAUAUGGACAAAAGUUAUGGCAAUCCUGCAUGACGACAUGCGGUAUACGCAAUUGCGGAAGCAAAAGAACGCGCUAGCUUGUUUUAUAUAAAUAGCAACAAUUGUACAUUUUACUUUAAACACACACUCUAUGCAUAAUUCGUAAUUUUAAUUUGAUGAUAAUUUUGUAUUGCUCUUUGCCUUGUACAUUUUCACACACUAUGUUUAAUGGGAAGAGAGAUGAGAAUUCAUGCAGAGAUAGUGCAUCAAUUAGUUAUGUUUUAGGAACCCCUAUAUGAUUAAGUUCACAACAUUUAAGGCUUAAGUCAGAGCAAAGCCGGGCGGCGCUGCAUUUGUUAUGUUCGACGCCACUUUGCAAUACAUUUAUUUAUAUUUUAAUAAUGAUAUACCACUGUAUAUUGGUAAACCACAAUCAAAAACUUGAAACAGAAGUCUGCGGAGAAAGUCCAGGCGGAGCGAGAUAGGUCUUUAGUUAGAUAUGAGCAGCCUUUCCCAUCUGUAUUUUGUACUUUCAUUUCGCAUAUAUAUGCUACCAUGCUUUAGCAUUUAAGUGUGCAAACAACUGAUACUGAUCAAUUCUGUUUUUCUGAUGUUUAAUUGAACGAUGUGAACGAAUGAUAAACUAAUCUUAGUUGCGAACGCAGAAAAUAAAUAAUUCCAAAAUUCUUAAAUUUAUCUAAUUUUAAAUUCGAACCGAAAACAGGCACAUACGUAUUAACGCUAAAAUGUUUACAACAUCAAAUGGAAUGCGAGUAAUUGAGUUUAAGUGACAGACUACGGCAAAUAUAUGUGAGAAUUGUCGGCAUAAUAAAAGUAACUAAAAUUAAA